UGGGGGUAUCGUGAAAUAUUUUCUUUGCACCAGCACAAACGCUCAUCAUCAAGGGCUCUGAUUCGGCCAAAAAGCACCACAGUCACGCGCCAUGCUGCCAACACUCGCAUGCCUCUCGCGGACAACGUACCGUGGGGCGAGGGGCUCCGGCCCCGGCGCCUCGUCCAAAACAAGCGCUCGCUCGUCGCCAAAAUCACGCAACACACUGCGGCAAGCCAUCGCAUCAGGCCAAGUGUUCAAGCGAUCGCAGACAGGCCUCUACCAUCUCACGCAGCUCCAGAGCGGUCACAAUGUGCCUAAGAGCCGGCAAAAGACAGCACGGCGUUGGGAGCCGAAUGUGCAGAGCAAGCAUCUGGAGUCUCGGAUCCUUGGGCGUGUGGUCGAGAUGAAGGUGACGACUAAAGCGAUGCGCUGUAUCAAGAAGGCUGGAGGACUGGACGAGUAUGUCCGUUCGACUGGGGACGACGAACUUGGCGUCUUUGGUAGGAAGCUCAGGAGCGAGAUGGGCGCGGUAGCGAGUUUGCGCGCGCAGAUGGAGAAGCUGGGCCUUGUCCAGUCGCUUAAAGAGGAGCGGCUAGCAGCGUUGCGCGCACAGAGGGCAGCUUCGCCACGAGGAUCAGCAUCAUCAUCGUCAAAAGGACAACAUCCGGCUGCGGUAUCAUCAAGCGAAAACGCGGAGGCACAGGCCGCGGCGGCGGAGUCUGCAUCCCCACCGCCGGCGACACCAUUAGCGGCAUCGCAGUCUGCUUGAAUUCUACCACUCGAGCAAGAACGCCAGCGGUAUGACGCUUUGAGGCCGCAGUUGCUUGCAAUCGCUCGGUGGAUCAAAGCAAAGCCAGCCGGAACAAGGUACAACUCUCAACGAACCCGACCCCCCUAAAGUGCCCGUCCAAGUCCGGCCUUUGUCUCGUCCACCAUCAUGUACUUUUAUCGUAUUGCACGCAUGAAACAUUUCUCUUUAC